AUGUCUGAUAAAGGCGAUGAGGAAGAUAGCGAUGUAGAUAGUAAUGAUAAUGAUGAUGAAGUCGAUGGUGAAGCUGAUGGUGAAGCUGAUGGCGAAGUUGACUUAGAUGAUGAUGGUGAAGUUGACUUAGAUGAUGAUGGUGAAAUUGACUUAGAUGGUUCUACAGCAGGAAAAAGUGAAAAACGUGUUUGCAAAAAAUGCAAACAAGAAUUUUCAAAAGGGACCGGCGUUUCUACUUUAAAACGUCAUUUAAAUUCACAUUCAAUUAAUGUACCAAAAAAGCAAAGAACUUUACAUAAAUAUCGGAAUGACCCACAUCCUUAA